GAUUAGCAAACAAAAUGUUAUUCUUGCUAGACAUUUGAUGAUGGGUGAUGUACUUGCUUAUGAAGCAGAGCUACUUGGAAUGGUGAAAGAGUAUUUAGACUUUGCAGAAUUUGAAGAUACUGUGAAAACUUUUACAAAAGAAUGUAAAAUAAAAGGGAAGCCGCUCCCCAAAACAGGAGGUAACUCUGUUAAAGACUCCAAGGCUCUAAUCAUUCAGGAUCUGCUCAUGUCCUUUACUGAUGGAGACCAGGAUGUCUUCUUUGAACUGUGGGAGGAGCAUAUUCCUUCCUCAGUCCGAGACCAAGAGGCUGUUGCCCAGAAAUUGGAGUUCUAUCUUCACAUCCAUUUUGCCAUCUACCUGCUAAAGCACGCCAUGGGGAAGCCUGAUAAAGCAGCUUUGGAUGAAAGGAUCUCAUAUUUUAAAACCUACCUGGAGACCAAGGGGGCAGCCCUGAGCCAGACAACAGAAUUCCUUCCUUUCUAUGCCUUGCCUUUUGUUCCCAACCCUAUGAUCCACCCGUCUUUCAAAGAACUUUUCCAGGAUUCUUGGGAGUCUGAUCUAAAAACAAGGCUGGAGGAAUUUCUGUCUGCAACACUAAAAGCCAGUGAUACACCAAGGCUUCUGACCUUAUAUAAAGAGAACACACAGUGCAGCCAAGAAAUGUUGCAGCAGCUUCACCAACAGCUGGUGGAGUCUGAGCGUAAAACCAUGACCUACCUCAAGCGAUUCAACAAAAUCCAGGCCGAUUAUCACAACCUCAUUGGUGUCACAGCUGAGCUGGUAGAUUCCCUUGAGGCUACUGUGAAUGGCAAAAUGAUCACCCCAGAAGACCUGCAGAGCGUCUGUGUGCGUUUGUUUAGCAAUCAGAUGAAGCAGAGCGUAGCACAUAGCAUAGACUUCACAAGGCCUGGAACUGAAUAUGGCUGUAUGAGCCCCUGUGAGGAUGAAUAUGCUUCAACAAUGUUAAGAGCGUCAUUAGUCCCUGCGAAAGAGCAGGAGGUACCACUCUUGCCGUCUUUGGACUAUGAGAAGUUAAAGAAAGACCUGGUUGAUGGGAGUGACCGCCUGAAAGCCUUCUUACUCCAGGCCUUGCGCUGGCGCUUAACAACAUCUCAUCCUGGUGAGCAGCGGGACACCGUUCUGCAGGCUUAUAUCAACAAUGAUCUUUUGGAUUGUUACAGUAAUGCCCAGAGAAGUGUCUUAAUGCUGAUACAGUCCAAGAGCGAGGUCGUUCGUCAGUAUACAGCCAGGCUCAUCAAUGCAUUUGCCUCACUGGCUGAAGGCCGGCUCUACCUUUCCCAGAAUCCCCGGUUGCUCCGCAUGCUGGAAGGAAGGUUGAAAGCAGAAGAUAAGUACUCCCUUACCCGGGAGAACGUCCUGGGAGCUCUGCAGAAACUCAGCCUCAGGCGGGCUUUGCAGUCGACUAUGAUUAAGGAUGGGCUCAUACCAUGGUUGGUGGAGGUUCUCAAGGAUACGGACUCCAUGUCUGAUUACACCUUGGCCUACUCAGUUGCCUUGCUCAUGAACCUCUGCCUUCGGAGUUCAGGGAAGAAGAUGUGUGUGAAAAUUGCAAACGAGAUUCUCAAAGUUCUCUCAGAUCUCCUUGGCCAUGAGAACCAUGAGAUCCACCCCUAUGUGAAUGGAGCCCUUUAUAGUAUCCUUGCUAUUCCAUCCAUACGAGAGGAAGCUCGAGCAAUGGAAAUGGAAGACAUUCUGCGAUGCUACAUUGAGGAAGGAAAUGCUGAUAUGAUCCAGCAGAUUGAGUUUAUUAUCAAGCAGCUGCAAUCAGAAGAGCCACUAGAAGAUAAUGCAGAGUCUGAUGAUGAGGAGAAGGAUGACAAUAAUGAAGAGGAUCAUAAUGGCAUGGAGGCAGACCUGGACAAAGAUGAAGUGUUGCAGCCCCAGCAGGGUGAACUGUCAGGCGAAAAACUCCUGACCACUGAAUAUUUGGGAAUCAUGACCAACACCCCAAAAGCACGGAAGAAGUCAAUGCCUAGUGUCCGUCACAGUGUGGAUGAGCCUCUUCAGAGACCCGUGACCCCUGGCUAUCAUAGAGCACAUUACCCAACGCCGGAAAAUGACGCCAUGCCUUCCAGUGGCAGAGAGAGACAUGCUCAACGUUGCCCAAACUCCCGACCUCCAACACGCAGCGGGAAGAGACCCAGCCUUUCGGAGCUGCAUUUCUCUUCGACGUUUGAGUCAGAAGCUUCUGGGAGGUCUUCAGUGCACCUUGGAACUGAUUGGGAUGUCCGGCCAGCUGCUGAUGUCCUGGUUCUCCAGUCCCCCGGUCUUUCCCAGGACAGUGUAAAGGGGAUGCCAAACAGGUCUAAAACGUAUAUGGCCGCCUAGCUUAUGCAUGAUAAUCCUAGGAAGCAGCUGGAGUUAAAGGCAGCCUCCUCGUGCAGAUAUUGCAAGCAAAAGGCUCCAUCUUGGAAGUCCUGGAUCUAGCCACCAAAUCAGCGAAUUACAGAACUGAUAAAGCCACUUUUCUAAGGACCCUGUGCUCCGCGGAUAAAUGCACUGAUUAAUUUUCGUGGGUUGUACCAUUUUAUGAAAAGGAAUAUAUUGGAGAGGCUUUCUGGAAACCAAAGAUGAAUUCAGUCUGUUCAGGCCGCUCAGCCUAGGGACCGAGAAUGGAUUGAAAAUAACAGAGUGAAAUUUAAUAGAGUAAAUGCGAAGUCGGGGUGUCUGCAGGGUGGCGUCUCUCCACCUGUGCAUUGGCAGAGCCAGAAACUCACCGUUGGCUGGAGCUGAUGAGAUGAGAAGUUUAAAGAACGCAACGCAACGUGUGAAGUGGUGGAUGGACAUGGCGGGAGCAGGGGUGGACACAGGUAUCGACAGGUGUGGGGAACAACUUGGGAGUAAACUUGCUUCAGCUCUGUUUCCAUUUCUCACCUCAUGCCUUUCCUUUCUUUGGGUUCUUCUUUUUCUGCCCUUUCCUUAAGUCCUCACCCCAAAAGGGAAUGGCACGAUAGGUGGGUAUGUGUGGACAUGUUUUUAACCACAGAGGCAUGAUGGAGUUGUUUAAAAUAACCCUGGGAAGAUGGUCAGGUGAACGAAUAAAGUCGGGCGCUCAUAGCAAAGGGAUUUGCCAUUUCCAUUAUGACUUUAUUUUUCUGACAUUUCCUUCGGGCUAACGGAGUUGCUCUUCAUCGGGCAGGAGGAGAACUGACAUUUCAGCAGCUAAUCUGUAUGAAUCAGCACGACCAGUGUGUUUGUUUACAACAUCUUGAGUUGCAAAACAUGGAUUAAAGUUGCAGGAGUUGGAACAGACUGAAAUGUGCAAAACAAAAGUUUUAUUUUUCCGCAUCAGUGAGGCAUUUUUUUAAGAUAGUAAUUCCUGUCACCACCGGGUCACCCUUCCUGUUUCCAUUUCAGCUGUGAGGGAAAUCACUGCUUGUUCCAGUUGCAAACGGCGGGGGUGGCCUGUGUGAUGAGCUUGGGUUGGCAGGCAAUGCGUCACUCUCGAUGUGAUAGAAACCGCUGUAAUGUCGCACGCAUCAUAUCACGCAAGUCACAGAACGACGUUUGUGCGAUGACAUCAUGACGCAUGAGGCAUCAGCGCCCCUUUCGCCUCACCUUGUGGAGGCCCCUGGGCUGUGUUCACACUAAACAUUUAACCAGGUUUGUAAAAGACCCAGCAGUUGCAUUUGCGCAAUAUGAAGAGCUUGGUUCAAGCUAACCUUGGUUAGCUUACUACUGUAUAUUGGGUGAACCUAACCUGUUUGGUCAGUUUAUGGUUAAAAAUUAUGUGAACCCAGAAAAUGGUUAAUUUGGUAACCAGGAGAAGUAUGUUAGGUGAACACAGCUAGUUUAACUUGCAAUCCUGUCCUUGUGUGUUUGCUAUAAAGUCUUCUUUAAAUCU